AUGUGUGUGUGUGUGUGUGUGUGUGUGUGUGUGUGUGUGUGUGUGUGUGUGUGUGUGUGUGUGUGUGUGUGUGUGUGUGUGUGUGUGUGUGUGUGUGUGUGUGUGUGUGUGUGUGUGUGUGUGUGUGUGUGUGUGUGUGUGUGUGUGUGUGUGCUUGUCUGGCAGGCUAGUCGGCUCAAUGAUCUUGUGGAGGCACGCGAUGGUGAGCUGCUCAAGGUCCGGCAAGAUAUGAGUGCGCUGCAACAGUCAUUUGCAGAGGAGAUGAAGGCUACACAGUCACAAGCAGAUCAAAUUGAGGAAAACUACCGCACAGCGUCAGCUGAACUCAAAGAAGCUCAAGCGCGCCUCAAGCAGUCUGAUCUUCAAGUGGAGGCAUAUCGCCGGCAAAUAGAGGAUUUGCGAGCCCAGAACAUGCGCCAUGAGCGCAGCUUGGCACAGACUGCUGACUUGCAGAGCAAGCUGGACGCGCGAGAGGCACAGAUGCAGGAGCUCACGGAAGCCAACCAAAAACUGCUGAGUAGUUCCACCAACUCCACGCAAGACGCAGAGCAUGAUCUUGAUAGCUUGCGGACCCGCCUCUUUAGGGCUGAGGAAGCGCUUGCUGCAGAGCAGCGGCGCGCCAACCGCUUGGAGAUUGAUCUACAGCAUGCUCAGUACACGCGGUCCAUUGAUCGGGGUGAUGCCAGUUCUCAAGGAGCCUUGCAAGCAGCCCUGAAUGAGGCCAAGGAGACGCGAUUGCGGCUGGAGCAGGAAAACCAGCAAUUGACCCGCCAGCUCACGCAAGUCCGAGCAGACCUUGAGGGGCAGCAGCGCCAGCAUCGUCAAGCCGACGACGCACGGGCACAAGAGGUGGCGAUGCUUGAACGCAAGCUUAACGAUAAGCAACGUGAGCUCCAACAACAUAUGGAGCGUACACCUGCAACAUUUCCACAAGCGUCGCCAUUAACCUCAUCGGGCUACGGAAGCGGGGUCGAGUUGACACGCUUGCGUCAAGAGCUCGAAAGUCAGAAGCGUCUGUUGACACAAACCCAGGCAACGCAAGCGCGCGAGCUUUCAGCGCUGCAGCGCCGUCUGAGUGAGCGUGAGGCUGAGGUGGCACGACUCAACGCCGGCUCGAAGGAUUCACAGCUGGUCAGCUACGCUUCCGCCAGGCGCAAGAGCCAGCGAGCGAGCUUGCCUUUCAAACAACCCGGGCUUUUUUGGCUUCUCACUCGGACUUCGGGUUCUACCACCAACCAAGCCUUGGCAUCGGCACAGGCCGAAGAACUACGCAAACUGCGAACCGAGCUCGAAGCUUUGCGAAGAACCAACACACAGCUGGAGCAAGAAAAGUUUUCCACGGAGCGCAAAUCUCGGCGAGCCAGCAUCUCAGAGUCAAUGCGCAGUGGGGAUUCAGUGGCUUCGCAGCAAUUGGCUGAAAUGCAGCGUCAGCUUCGUAACUUGGGUGCCUCAUCCAUUUCCGAGUUGCAAAUGCGCUUGCAACGCUUGACUGGUCGAGCCGAGUUGGCUGAGCAACGGUUGAAGCUACAGGCCACGGAGAAGAACCGGCGUCUCGAGCUCGAGCGCAUGCGCUGGCGCGGCAAGCUGGACUCACAGCAGCGGCAGCUCGAUGCUCUGCGCAAGCAUCAAGUUACCACUUCUGCGGAUGCCACCACACCGGCCGAUGCCACAAGCCUGGCCAAAAUGGUGGCCCUGCUGCGCUUGGAUUUAGAACACGUUCAGCGAGUCAAUCAGCUCUUGGAGCAGCAACUGGAUGAAAUGGACCGGCUCGACACGUCAGAUGCGACUGAGGCCGCCGCGUCAACCAUCUAG